AACUGACCCACAUAUUUCAUAAAGUCUCGGGCAGACCUCCCUCUUGUGUCAAACUGCGAGGGUAGAGGGUCUAUAUCCGGUGACAACAUGGCAACCUACCGAGAGUUGCCCGAUAUGUUCAGGCUUUACAUCGGAAACUUGUCAACAGAUGUGACUGAAGGAACGCUGCGUGGCCUGUUCGAGGAGCAAGGAGUUGCGGUCAACAACAUAUUGUUGAAAAGAAGCUUUGCAUUUGUGGAUUGUCCAGAUCAAGAAAACGUUGACAAAGCAAUAGAGAACUUGAACGGUUACAACCUUCUUGGCUUUGUUAUGCAGGUAGAGCCGUCUGUGUCCCGGCGCAGCCGGAAGACAAAUAAAAUCCAAAUAAAAAAUGCUCCUGAUCAUGUCACAGUUGAUGACAUCGGCCUCCUAGUCAGCCAGAUAGUGGGGAAUCCCCAGAAAGUAGAACAAGUGGGUGCUGAGGGUGCUAUGUAUGUCACAUUUGACUCACCAGAACAAGCACAAGACGCUGCAACAAGAUUGAAUGGUCGUGACAUAGAAGGCAGUUACUUGAAAGUUGAACUCGCAAACAACAGAACACGCCGAGUGAAUCGUUCAAACAACAAUAAUAACUCAGGGAUGAAUCGGCAGGAGAUGCCACUGAGGAUAAUGGUUGGCAGUGAAUAUGUGGGAGCCAUCAUAGGAAAACAAGGUCAAACCAUCAAAAACAUCACGUCACAAAGUAGAGCAAGAGUGGAUAUUCAUCGAAGAGAGAAUCACACACAAGAAACACUUGUCACAAUCAAAGGUAGUCCUGAGAAUUGCUCGAAAGCAUGUAAAGAAAUUAUGAAAGUUGUAAGCAAAGAAGCAGAAGCCCUUAACAAAGGAGAAACACCACUCAAAAUAUUGUGUCCAAACAGUAUAUGUGGACGCAUCAUUGGUAAAAAAGGUGCAGUCAUCAAAAGUUUUAUGCAGGAGUCUGAUACUCACAUAGUUGUUUCAAGUGAGGUUUUGUCUGCCUCCAGUCUAACGGAUAUGAACAAUUACUUCAUUGAUCGAGUGGUCACCGUCACAGGCAACAGUGAGCAGACGGCCAAAGCAGAAGAGCUCAUCAGUGAGAAGAUGAGGAACUGCAUGAACCAAGAUGCUCAAAACUAUGGGCAGCAGAUGAUGUUCGGGAUGCCCCCACCUAACGUACCAAUGAUGCAAAAUAUGAACAGUUAUCAGGGAAUGAGGACGCCAUACCCAAUGAUGCUUUCCAAUCAACAGGGUAACAUGUACCCAGGCCUGUUUGGGGGCCCAGGUCAGCCAAUGCAGCAGCAGCAACAGCAGCAGCAGCAGCAGCAACAGCCACAGCAACAGAUGGAAGUUAUCUACCUCUACAUCCCAGAAAGCACUGUUGGGGCAGUCAUUGGCAGCAAAGGAUCCAACAUUAAAAAUAUCAUGAGAUUGUCAAACGCAAGAAUCAAGAUCAUGCAGGCUCCAAAGAAUGAGACGAAUGGUCAGGAUGGACCAGUCCAAAUGCCGGCACCACGAUUAAAUGAACGCAAAGUAAUCAUAACAGGGAAUCCUGAGUCACAGUGGAAGGCACAAUUCUAUAUCUUCGAGCGAGUGAGAGCCGAGAAUAUGGUGAGCAUAGAGGAGGUCCAUCUCAGGUCAGAAGUGAUGGUGCCCAAAUCAUCCAUUGGAAGAAUCAUUGGUAAAGGUGGACAAAACGUUAAAGAGUUGCAGCGAGUGAGUGGUGCUAUUGUCAAGUUACCAGAUGAGCAAGGGGAAUGUGAAGAGGUCCCAGUCAACAUUAUUGGUCAUUUCUACGCGAAUCAGGCCGCACAGCGUCGUAUACGCUCCUUGGUAGCGCAACAAAGCUCAGGACCUGGAGCAAUGCGAGGGGGCCCGGAACCCACGACCACAACAAAACGGCAACUAACAAAGACAGCUAUAUCAAAACUCACAUGUACAUGGGCAUCUAGACACUAAAUUGUAUCGAAUGUUCAUACAUUAUACAGUUGUGUUCCGAUUUGAUGGAAAAAUGAAGUGGCUUCUUAUAUGAAUGCUGUUACAAAUGAAAAUAUUGCCACAAGAAGAAAAAGACUUGGAUUGGAGGAACCUAACUGUAUAUGUGUAUGGAUGUUGAAUGUCUUCUGCCCAUGUAGAUGAACUGCACUGAGCUCGCAGCAAUCGAAAUGGAGACCGACUGAAUGACCACCUUGCAUGACAACCAAAGAACUUUGUUUCUCUCUUCUUGGAGUAAUUGUUUAGUUGCACUUAUAGUUAGGUCUUUCCCCAAGUAGCUCUCAUUUUCUCUCCGUUUUUCUCUCAAUGUAAGUGAUGAGAAAACUGCUCCACUCUUGCAAGUGGAAAAUCCUUGUGGCAUGGUCUAAGGCAUCAAAAUGAUUCACUAUAACUCGUGGCUAGCUAUCGGUGGGAUUGGCAGCGAGUUGAGAUUAAGGUUUGACGGUGAACGAUUUGCAUUGUGCCUCCAUCUCUACUGGCAGAUGUUAUCCAGGAAGCAAGAUGGGGGCUUGAUGUCCAUGUAGAUGAUAUAUUUAUACUUUAUUGAGUUUGAACAAAUUUUAGAUUUGACCAUUGUUGCAUGUUUGAAGUAUAUCAUGGUCUUUUUUGUAAAAAAAAAUUGAACAGUAUGAAAGUUUAUUUUUGAUACUUGUUGAGAUGAUUUUUUGUUAGAAUUUUUAUGAUACUAUUUGCAGGGUAUGUUUCUAUUUUGCCCUGUAGGGAGGCAAAAUAUUGAUACAAACUGCCACUGCAGUUAGUCUGUCUCAACAGUAUUCACACGGCUGUGUUUGCAAUCAGACAGGCCAGAAAAACAUCCACUGUUACGCCAGAGCCCUCCUAGCUGACCUUGACCUGACUAAUCUGUAUAAUAAGUCAUGGUCAGAUAGUGGGAGGUCAGCUGGUGUUGAUUCCAUCUCUGAAUGAUGCCUGACAAUGUAGUUGCAAUGUCCUGUCUGUAUCCUAAUGUCUGACUGUCCAACGGCAGACCCGGCAUCCUGAUGCUUGCACACUUGAGAACAGCUCCAUUUGAUAGCAACUCAACUGACACAUGGCGACUGACCAACCUGACUGACCGCCUCGGCAGCACAUGUGGCUGCUUCUGUCAUGGCUAUCUGUUUCUGCUCCAGAUCUGGAGGAAUGUUCCACACAGCAGUCAAAGAGAUACCGAUAUUGAAAGUCUGUGAAUGGUUAUGACUUGCUUUGAGGAAUAGUCCCAACUGGACUCGCUGAAGGGUGCAACUCAAGACGAUCAGUAAAUCAAAAUAUACCCUUUUUCCAUGAAAAUGAAGUUAUGAAACAUGAUUGCAUUGAGACCCUUCUGCCACUGCCUUGAAACCAAUUUUAAGACUGAAAACGAAAGAUCCUAUUUAUAGGACAAAUUUUUGUUGAUGUUUUCUGAUUUUUGAAAUUGGCUUCAAGGGCUAGUUUAAUUUAGUAUUCAGAUGCCAUGACAGAUUCCAGCUAGAAUUGUCUGCCCAAUGUUUUGAUGCCUUCUUGUGCUAAUUAUUAGAUGUAUGUAGACCACCCCACACAAGCCAUGGACUCACACAGUCCAGGGAGAAAAUGCAGAACUCUGUGGACUCUCAGUAAUGAUGAUUAUGAUGAUGAUUACUAUUACAGUUUUUAUGCAUUCAAUAACCUUGUUAUGGCGUUCUUAACUCUAGACCUGACAUAUUUCACUGUGUAUCGUUCAAUAACUCGUCAGUUUAUUUUUUGACUAGAUCAGUUUGAUUAUGGCUGACUCCUAGGAGGGUCCCACUGUUUGAAACUGUUUUCUGAAAUUGGUUUUGGUGUUGAUUCUUACACCUUGCAUGGUUAGUCGCCAAGGAAACAGUUUUCCUUUCAAGUUAACCAGCUUGGUUUUCUUGCAUUGUAUAUUAUGACAGAGGGAUUUGACUUUUUUUGUGUGGACAAAUCUCCUCAAAAGUUCUUAUUUUGUUUUCGCUGGGCAGAUUACUUUACGAGCCAAGUCUUGGAAAAUAUGUGAGGUUUUGUUACCAUGUUUACUAUAUCCAACGUUUACUGUUGUCCCAGUAGUUUGUCGUUUGUACAAAAACUUGUUGCCUCUUGACUAUCCCCCCUUUCAUGUGACAGAAUGCACGAUUGUUUUACAAAGUUAAGGAAUCACUUGUUAUUUUCCAUACAUUUUGCACAAGGCCAGUAUUUGAAGUGGGGGAAAGUUCAAGUUUGGUUUUUGAGCCUUUGACUAAUUUCUAUAUAAAAAUUAAGAUUCCAAUCGGUAAGGUUAUUUGAUUAAGGACAAAGUACGUUUUAAUUUGGUUUGGAACAGAAAACAAAUAUUGAAUUUCCUUCUUAACAUUAAUCUAUGUUUUAAGGCCACAUGAUGGCACAUUGUGAUCAGCAUUUUUUUGCAAAUUAUUUCGCAGCCUUCUACCUCAACCUGAGUUAAUGAAUAGGUUUCUUAUUUUUCAUUUCCACAGAAGUAACUUUGACAACUGGCAUAGUACCUCCUGGCCCAUUCACUACCUAAUCACCUACUAUAUUCAAACUCUUAUACAGGAUAGUCCCCAUAGUCCUCCCCGUAUCCAAUAGUCCUCCCCGUAUCCCAUAGUCCACCCCCUCCCCAUGUAGCCCAACCGUCCCAUGUAUUCUGAUUGCCCACUUAUAUAUGUUACUACCCCUGCGAGUGUGCCCUUCCUCUGCUACCGAGGCUUGGCUCGAACCUAGGACAGUUCCAGGGAGCACACCACCUGUGCCGCCACAAGACACCGUAGUAGGGUAGAUCCUUCCUGACCAGUCUCCAGUUUACAAGACUACCUUAAUGUUUCUCUUUGAGUGGAAAGCUGAUUUGUUCAUUUCUUUCCAUGAUUUCACACCUAAACUUUUGUCUGACUGUUCCACAGUAUUGCAUGUAUCAGUUUCUGUAGUUCUGCUACACGUACCGACUUGGAGGAUUAUGAAAAACCCUUAAAACCUUGGUAGACAAUGGAGAUGAACCUUCUGUAUCUCAAGCUCUGUGCCCCGACAGGCAGACCAACGACGACUCUGCUCGUCCGUCUUCGCUGUAGUUUGUAUGCAGCUUCAACAGAUCAAACCUGUACUCUUCAUUCUCCUUUUCUACCAGAAAAAAAUAAAUUAUUCUAGUAAA